AUGAAUAAAAUGUUAAGCACCGACUGUUUAGGGACGCAGGAGUUUCAUACAUUCCACAAGACCACUGAAAUACUGGAAGACUCGCAACCUCAAGAGAUUGCAUUCCACGAAACAGCGCUGGGGUCAACGCUAGUAGAUCAUCAAAAUGUCCACUCUACUGCCGCAGUAUCAGCGGGAGACAUUGGAAUGGCUGAAGUCAGCUUGUUGCAUGGUGAAUCUGACACAUCAGCUACCGGUUUACUGCCAGUGUCAUUCUUGUCAUGCAGUCCUAGAUCUAUGGUUCCAAUAUCAGUUCCUUCAUCAUCUAGCCUUGAAGCCAUCCUAACACCUAAUCCAAUGUACAGUGAUGUUCAGUUGAAAGAAGUGAUGAACUACAAUGCUACAGCAAUGGAUGAAAGCACUGAGUUCCUUCAGCUGAUUCUUAGUGGCAAUGAUGAAGGCUACAAUACUACAAGCGAACUGCAAGUUUGGGAUGUUCUGGACUUCUACUUCUCAGAAAGUUUUUCUGAUGUACAAUUUGAUAGCAUAAUGGGUUUUACAAGUGACGUCAGUACUUCCUCUCAUGAUUAUAUGAUGAAUAUUGUUGACUUGGUAGAGCGGCCUGUGGCACUCCUGUCUCUCAAUGAGACAGAGGAACCAAAUAAUGCAACCAAUAAGGCUCCAGUCGAUCACAGUACAAUGGACCCUGAUGACACAUCCUUGUACCUUCAAAUGAAACCACCAGAUUCAGAAACUGAAAGUACUUCUGCCUCUCAGGAUGUGAUAGGAAUUGAGUAUGUUGAUGAAAAGCUUCAUUCUAGAGGUCUGCCUGAUUUAAUGGAUGUUGACUCAUCCAGUCGUCUGCGAAAAUCACCAGUGAGAACAAAGCAUGUCACUCUUGUGCUUGAUUUGGAUGAAACUCUUGUCCAUUCAACAUUGGAUCACUGUGACAUAUCUGAUUUCAGCAUUCAAGUUUUCUUCAAUAUGAAAGACCAUACAGUCCAUGUGAGACAAAGGCCCCACCUGAAGAUGUUCCUUGAGAAGGUAGCUCAGAUGUUUGAGCUUGUCAUUUUCACAGCUAGUCAGAGAAUCUAUGCUGAGCAGAUAAUAGAUAGGCUUGACCCUGAUGGGAAAUUGAUCUCGCAACGAAUUUAUCGUGAGUCGUGUAUAUUCUCUGAUGGCAGCUAUACAAAAGACCUGACAAUUCUAGGAGUCCACUUGGCAAAAGUUGCUAUAAUUGACAAUACGCCACAGGUUUUCCAGUUGCAAGUCGAUAAUGGCAUCCCGAUAAAGAGCUGGUUUGACGACCCCGCGGACCAGGAACUGGUCGAGUUACUCCCAUUCCUCGAGACCCUUGUUGAUGCAGAGGACGUAAGGCCACUAAUCUCAAGGACUUUUCACGGCACCAUCCAGCAGGAUUAG